AUGAAGAGCAAAACGUUAGAAAAUGAUGAAGAAACCUGGCUAAAAUAUAUCGGCAAGAUCAUAAGCAAGCAGAUGGUAAACGAGCCUCUUGACAAGCUUUCCAUCAAUCUCAAAAAGAAGAAGCCUAUUUCUAUUAAAGACAUAGAAAUAAUACAAAAGAAAUAUGAAAGCAGUCAGGAAGUAAGGGAUGCCAACCUCGCAAAAACUAUGAAAAAGGCAUUAGAUAUUUAUUACAAAGAGAUGUUACAUAAAGGAGAACUUUUACCUGUAAUAGAACCUUAUAUGGAUUCUGAUAAUGAAAAGGCAAUCAAGAUUCUCCGGCCACAGAGUGCGCUAACAUUCACUGAGUAUAUGAACAAGCAUCCUGAAACCUCAGCAGAUCCUGAGAAGAGGAGACAAAUUGAGAAGAAAGAUCCUAAGAGUUCGAGAAAGUACAUCUACUAUAAAAAUAUCAACAUCUCAAGACAGAAGAUGAUGAAAGAGUCUAAUUAAGAAGACAAUUUUGAAAAAUAAUUUUAUACCUACUCAGCAACUUUGUGAGCAGGAAGCAAGUAUUGACCUUGAAAAAUUCUGACCAGAUCUGUCGGUUCCAAAAACUCUACUUCCAAUUGAGAAAUAUGGCAGGAAUAAUACUAUCAAGCCAGAAGCAUUUAACAAGUACUUCCUCGACAAAAAUACUGAAGUAAAAGGAGCUUUGGCUAAUAAGUCAACGCAAUAAAGACCAAAAGAGGCCUAGCUCUCAAAUCGUUAGCUAAAAACAACAGCAUCAUGAAGAUUAAGACAAGAAAGAACUCCCAGGAGCCUGUCAAAAAUUUUGGUUUCAAAUAUACACAUCCAAAGAAUAACAUCCAGUGUAAAAAGAAACUUAAGACUAAUACCUCCUUUAAACCCCAAAUCUCAAGACCAAGAAGCAGUUGGAACGACUUCCUCUUAAAAAUCCAACCAGAAUGAUCAAUUUCAAAGGCAAAAUUACUCCAUUUCUACAAACAAACCUAUAAACUCUAAAUCCCCAUAUCUCAACCACCUAUCUUC